GUCUCCGGGGGUCUUUAUCGGUCUACGGAGCUGCUGGGUCACCGAGGGGAACGGGAUUCGGUAAUACGAGCACCCCUCUCCAUCCCACCCCACACACCCACGCUGACAGACAGACAGAAUCCGUGGUUUUGCGCACUUGGCGAUCCAGCGUUCCCUUCAGGCGCUGCUGCGUUCAUUCGGCUGACGCGCGCGUCCCGGUUCCGCGAUGGUUCCGUGUCCCCCGCGCGUCUGAUGAGUCCGCGCGCUUCAGCAUCAGCAUGUCCUCGCGGAAGAUCUCCUCCGAAUCCUUCAGCUCCAUGGGCUCGGACUACCUGGAGAGCCCCGGGGAGGACGGAGAGUGCCCGUUCUCGCGCGUGUUCUGGAACGGCAGGAGUCCCGUGGAGACGCACGCGUGUCCGUUCGAGGACGCGGCGCUCAGCAGGAGGGUCGCGCGCCGCAAACGCGUCAAUCUGGACUCGCUCGGGGAGAGUUUGAGACGCCUCACAUCACCGACGACCCAGACAAUUCAGCUGGCCCUGCAGAGAACAGUGGAGUUCUACAGGCAGAGGGAGAUCAGUGGACAAGAGUUUGUACGAAGCUUGUCAGACGAGCAGAAGUGUUUGUUUGAGAACUCGCGCUGCGACAGCCAGACUGACAUCUCAGGAAUACUGAAAUACACAGCAACUAUUUUAGGCGUGGACUUCUCCGCCAUCCGCGGCCGGUUCGGGGAGGAGUUCUUCGGCUUGUGUCUGGAGGAGAACGAGAGGGUUCUGCGAGCUCUCGGCGGGAACCUGCAGGACUUCUUCAACGGCUUCGACGCUCUCCUCGAACACAUCAGGACGUCCUGCGGCCGCCGGGCUUCGUCCGAGGCUCCCUCUUUCCUAUGCAAAGAUGCUCCUCAGGAGGAGGACACAAACGCGCAGAGCGAGGGAGGACGAACUCUUCUCCUCCACUGCUUCAACCCCGACCCUACGGUGGGCGUGGCCAUGCCGGGAUUGAUCCGAGCCGCCGCCCGGCGCAUUUACCAAUCAGAUGUCUCGGUGGAGGAAGCUCCUCCCACAUGGCUUCACACAGCCAAUGAGGACGGAGAGCUCUCGGCGGACUCCUCCCCCUCGUCUUCUCCAUCUCCACCUUCAUCUUCAUCUCCUGCAUGUUUGUCGUUCCUCAUCCGAGAGGUCCGGACUCAACCCGCCGCCUCGUCUCCACACCCCCGCCAGCUGUCGCGCUCGCCGUUGGAUUUGCGCAUCGGUCUGAGCACGUUUUGCCGGGCUUUUCCCUUCCACCUGGUGCUGGGACCCAACAUGGAGGUUCUGCAGGUCGGGGAGGGUCUCCGAAAACAAGCCAAAAGCGACCCGCACCGAACACUCACAUUCAUCAACAGCUUUGAACUGGUGUCUCCCAGAAUCCCCUGCUCCUUCCAGAACAUUCUCCUGCGGCUUUCCACGCCGUUCACCAUCCGUACACGACCCGACGGAUCGGCGCUCGACGGCAGAGAGAAGGUGAUGGAGCUCAAAGGUCAGAUGCUUCACCUCCCUGAAUCGAACUCCAUCAUGUUCCUGGGCUCGCCGCGUGUUGAUAGGCUGGAGGAGCUCAUGGGGCGGGGCUUACAUCUGUCUGACAUCCCUAUUCAUGACGCCACACGUGAUGUAAUUCUGGUUGGCGAACAGGCGAAAGCUCAGGAUGGACUGAAGAAGCGGAUGGAUAAACUGAAAGCCACGCUGGAGAAGACGCACCAGGCUCUAGAGGAGGAGAAGCGGAGGACCGUGGACUUGCUGUACUCGAUCUUCCCGGGAGACGUGGCUCAGAGGCUGUGGCAGGGACUCCCGGUUCAGGCCAAGAAGUUCGAUGACGUGACGAUGCUGUUCUCGGACAUCGUGGGCUUCACCGCAGUGUGUGCGCAGUGUACGCCGAUGCAGGUCAUCAGCAUGCUGAACGAGCUGUACACACGCUUCGACUACCAGUGCGGGAUACUGGACGUCUACAAGAUCGAGACGAUAGGCGAUGCGUACUGCGUGGCGGGCGGCCUGCACCGGAAGAUGGACAGUCACGCCAGGCCGAUCGCCCUCAUGGCCCUGAAGAUGAUGGAGCUGUCCGGGGAAGUGCUCACGCCUGACGCCAAGCCAAUCAAGCUGAGGAUCGGCAUCCACUCCGGCUCAGUUCUGGCUGGAGUCGUCGGAGUGAUGAUGCCUCGCUACUGUCUGUUUGGAAACAACGUCACGCUGGCCAGCAAGUUUGAGUCGGGCAGUCACCCGCGCUGCAUCAACGUCAGCCCCAGCACAUACCAACUCCUGCGUGAUGACCGCUCGUUCACCUUCAUCCCUCGCUCCAGGCAGGAGCUUCCCGACAACUUCCCCAAAGAGAUCCCGGGAAUCUGCUAUUUCCUGGAGGCGGGGACAAGCCAGAGCCACGCCUCCCUCACCAGCACUCGCUCCGCCCCCAUCCGGAAAGUGUCCUAUAACAUUGGGACCAUGUUUCUACGGGAGACUAGCCUCUGAGAUGGCCCCGCCCAUUCGCUAUGACAUCACUUCCUGUAGACUAGUGUUGCCUGUGGCAACUCGUUGCCCCGCCUCUCGACCGGAGCGUUUGUCCUUAGAGGCGUGAACUCACACGAAAGGGGGCGGAGCCAAUGGCCCCGCCCUUUAAAGGAGCCAUGGAUAAUUGUGUUCUGAAAAUACAAUAAAACAAAUAUAUAUAUAUAUAGAUAUAUAUUUAAAAUAAAGCCUUCUGCUCAACGGCAUAGCCAAACAAAGACAUACAUGGUGUACACAUGCUAAUACUACAGACAAACUCAUGUAAACACACAUACAUUUCUUGCAGCAUUGCAGGUUAAUAGAAUUCAAAUGGAUAACUUGGUGCCUUUACCUUCUAAACACACACACACACACACGCCACAAACAUGCAUUUAUCUCUACCAUUAUACACACGCUGCCAUUAACCGCUGUUAAAUCCUUUGUGUGUGUGUGUGUGUGUGUGUGUAUCCUCUAUUAACCAUUGUUAGAUCUCAUGUGUUUGUGUGCGUGUCCUACCAUUAACCGCUGUUAGAUUGUGUGUAUGUGUGUGUGU